AUGCCGGGCCUCUUCACCCAGCUCCAGGUCGAGAUGUGCGACCAGGCCCUGAAUCCUGCCUCCUCGGUUGAGCGCGACCUUGUUGAGUUCGCUUCUAAGGUCGAGGAUGCUAUUUCGCCGGGUUCCUCCGAGGAGUGGUUUUUGGAACAUGCCCUUGAUGCCAUCCAUGAUGACGCACCCUCCCCCGCUAAGUGGCACCUCCUCAAGCAAAUGGCUCAGGUUCUCUCCCUGCAACAUAAUACCCCCCACAGCCCCGCUUCCCUCAGGCUCCUGUCUGCCAAUGUUACUCACUGGAGGCCAGAGGUUCGGGACUGGGCCUUCUCUCUUGAAGGCCAUGGGGUUCUGCUCCAGGAGCUUCACCUCACCACGGAGGCUGCUCAUGAGGCUGCGAUUGCCGCCUCUAAAAGAGGGUUUCGCCUCUUUACCUCGCCUCCCUUCCUAAGUGAUAAGAGGCGCCCCCUGGGAGGUUUCGGUGUCCUCAUCCGCUCCUUCCUCAACCCCCGUCAUGUCCUCACCCACACCGUUGAGGGUUGUGGUUUCCUGGCAGUUUCGCUUCGGUGUUCCGGUUUUGAACUCACUCUGGUUUCCAUUUACCUCCAGUCCGGUACUGGCUUUAACUCUCCGGUCAACGCCGAUGUCUUAGCUCGCCUCUUAGCCUUUCUUCCUUCCCUCCGGGGAGUGUGGAUUGUCGCGGGUGACUGGAACAACCCCAUACACGAUCUCCUCGCCACACGGCUUGAGGAAGUUUCCCAUGGGCGUUUCCUGGGUUCCGGUUCACCCACCGCUGCAACCGACCGGGAAAUUGAUUACUUCCUUGUCUCGUCUCCGGCUGUUGCUUCCUUGACAGUGGCUCAGGACUGGGUCGUCCCCUUCAAGCCUCACUGCGCCCUGCGGGCCACUCUUCAGCUCAGCUCUCUGCAGCUUCCUUACCCGCAGCUUGCUACCUUUUGUGAGGUCUUUCCCGACCCUCUGCCCUUUCAACCCUCGGUCCCGAGCCCCUCGCCUGUCGCUGAGGUUAAUCUUCUUGGCCUCACUUCCACCGACAAGCUCACCCUCGACUUCGCCGAGCUGAGCUCCUUCCUUGAGGUCUCUCACGGGUUCCCCGACCGUGGGCGUGGGGCCUUCGUCCCCCUUCUUCACAAGCCUCUCGUCCAGGGCCACUCUGUCACUUUUGCCUGGAAAGGCCAGCUCCCCUCCUUGGUGUCGGCCGUGCUUCACCUGCUCGACCGGCCCGAAGCUGUGCAGUCCUUCCUGUGGUCCACCUCGGACACUUCCCUCCCCUCGGAGGUCCGAGCCUUUUGUGACCGGGUGCGAGACGGCUCCACUUCUUCCGCCAACCUCCGCGCCGAAGGCACCGCCCUCCUUGGCCAACUCCGGCGCGAACAAACUGCCCAGCAAGCUGACCAGUACGGCGAGUGGCUUGAGGAAGCUUCGGGUUCACACCUGGGGCCGCUCUUUCGUGCCAUCAAGUCUCACGAGCAGGUGCUUGACCGGCCCUUUCAGGACUGCGAUGGACUCCGCCGUGUCUUCGAGAGGCACGAGCAUUGGGGCCGCGUUUGGCAUGCCUCGGUCUUUCCUCAGCACUUUUCGCACCCCCUCCUCGCGGAGCUCCGCUCGAGGGCCAUCUCCCAUGCUGGCACCCUGCCUCCAUUGACUGUCCCCAACCUUCAAAAACUCCUUAAGAAAGCCGGGAAAAAGAAAGGGGGCCCAGACGGUUGGAGCUACCCAGCCCUUCGUGCGCUGGACCCGGCGGCUCUUCAGCUCGUCGCCGACUUCCUCGCCCGUGCUGAGGCUGAGGUCCUCCCGCCUUUCCAGCUCACUUGUGUUCAGGUCGCUCUUCUCCCGAAGUCGGCCGACAAGGAGCGUCCCAUCAGUCUCCUCCCCUGUCUGUGGAGACUGUGGGCCCGAGCUAGGUGGAAGGACGUCGCGGCCUGGACGUCGGCUUACGCCCCCGACCAUCCAUGGGACCGCGCAGUCCCGGGCCAGGCCAGCCUUGACACGGCGUUGGCCCGCCUUGUCAGGUCAGAGCAUUCAAAGCUCGAGAAGACUCACAUCGUGAGUCUCUUCCUCGACUUGCGAGGGUUCUUCGACUCUGUGAGCUACGAGCGCCUUCUCCUCCAAGGGCUCGCUCACCGUUUCCCUCCUCUUCACCUCUGGUUCGCCCUCCAAGUCUACCAGGGUCCUCGCUGUCUCGUGGCCGACUCGAUCGCUGCCACGCCGCUCUUUCCUGGCCGGGGCGUGCCCCAGGGCUGUCCCCUCGCACCCUCGCUUUCCAAACUCACCAUGUCUGAGCCACUCCAGAAGGUUUCCUCCCUUCCCUCCGUCACCAACACAGACUUAUGGUUGGACGACGUGAGUUUAGAUGUGGUGGGUUCUGACCCUGUUGAGGUCGCUUCUGCAGCUCUCCAGGCCUACCGGGUUCUUCACGCCUCCCUCGGCCUUGAGGGCCUUGAGGUUGAGACAACAAAGACCAAGUUCGUUGCCGGUACGGUCCGCGCUCGCGCCGCGCUUCAGCAGCUGCGGCGCCCGGGCGAACCCGAAACCGCUGACCUUGUCAAGGACCUUGGGCUUGACUGCGCUGCAGGCCGGCGGCGGCGCAUCACCGCUGCCCAAAAGCGCUUCCGCACCGGCAUCGGUCGUGUCCGCCACAUGCGCCGCCUCCGCAUCCGCCGCCGGUGGGUUCGGGGCCGGCUGCUCCAAGCCUCCGCCCUCAAGGCUGGCCUUUAUGGCCACCAGGCCGUUGGGGUUGCCCCUAAGCGCCUCAAGGUUUUACGCUCGGCGGUUGCGCGCGAAGCUGGCCGUUUUGAGCACGGCUCUGCCGACGUCAUUCUCGACCUCAUGUCCCACACGGCCGUUGACCCACACCAGCUUGUGGUAGUGGAACAGCUUCAGGCUCUUGGGCGUCUUGCCUCCAUCGCCUCACCCGAAGGCGUGCGGUUACUCACCCGCACCUGGGCCUCCUCAUGGUCCAGACAGGCCUCUGCCACGCAUGGGUGGAAAAUCGUGAACGGCCCCGUGUCCGCGCUCAUCCAGUACUUGCUGGACUUGCGGGUGUCUGCCCCCACCCCUGAAGUCUGGACACACCGCGAGGCUACCUUUCACUUCCGCUUCCGCGAGCCAGGAGCGGUUUUUGAGGCCUCCGCCUUCCUCCGGCAGGUCAUUCAGCUCGAGCGCUGGUCCCGUAUUGGCGCCGUCUCCACCGCCGCCGGUGCCGCCCCUGGCAUCGAUUGGACCGUGCCGCGCCGCCUCUUAGCCAGUUCUCGGACGAAGCCCUGGCGGCACGGCCUUAGGGCCGUCUUUCAAGGCGCCCUCCUUCACUCGGGCAACGGAGGGAAGGACCGGUGCAAGUUCUGUGGAGAGCCCAACACCCUGCACCACCUUCUCUACGAGUGUGAGAAAGUCCCGGGCGCCCUCAUGCCCGCAGGCUGGCUGUUGUCUUAUAAGAGGCGCCACCCUGCCGAGUGCCUCUGGUUGCGCGGGAUGCGGCCCCUCAACACCCGCGAUCCCCUCGCCCACGAGGCUGAGGUCCGACGCACUGGUCUCUUCCUCGAAGGCACCCCGGACUUAACUGGGCUUUUCGUUGCCACCGACGCUUCCGGUGGCCCUGCCACCAAAGACAGUCGCCUCCGCUCGGUCGGUUGGGCCGUCAUAGUCGCUAGCAGGCACAAUGGCGACUUUUCGGUCCUUGGCACCCUGUCGGGGCUUUUGCCGGCCCCCGCCUCCGUCCCGGAAGGCGAAAGUGAGGCUAUCGCCCAGGCCCUCCUUUCCUCUCGAGGCACCUUCGACCUCACUUGCGACUGCCAGCCUGCUCUCCGGAGCCUCCAAGGCCCCUUUACCAAGCGCACCUCGCUUGUGUGGUCUAAGGCGUGGGACCACAGGCACAGAGCCGAGCCACACUGGGUCCGCUCCCACCUGAACUCCUCGGACUUUUGUCUUGAGUUUGGCGCUGACGCCUUGUGGCGCCGCGAGCUCAACUCCCUGGCAGAUAAGCUCGCCAAGGACCGCGCUGAGGAAGUUCAGACUCCUCACCGCCUUGCCGCCCAGAAGGAGGUUGACCGGGUCACCUCCCUCGUCUGCGAGUACUUGGGCCGUCGCGCCGCUGCAAUCCUUGCCAAGGCCGAAAAAGAGGACUUCGUCCCGCGGAAGAACCGCCUCCUCUCCGCCCUUGAGUCCUCCGCUUCUCCCUCGCCCAACAAGAGGCAGAGGUUGCAGGCUCUUCUCGACGAGCCCUUUCUUCCUGGCGGGCACGUCUGGUCCCGCACCUCAAAGGAAAAGAGCUUUAACCUGUGUGUUAAGUGUUCUGAGUGCUCUUUGUGCAUUUACCAGGUUGACACACCGGAAACCUUUGAGCGCCUCAUUGCCUUCCCGUGCCGAACGGCUGCGGUUUCGUGCCCUUUUGCUGCUCACCCCUCGCACACCCUCGUGCGCCAGGGGCCGUCCUGGAAGUGCAGCCAAUGCCACGGUCACGUGACCCUCCGAAUGGGCGCCGCGCCAAAAAAGCUCGUAGCUUUCCCUCCUGCCUCUGCUGCUGCCCCUGUGGUUCCCCCUGUCCUAGCACCCAAGGCUUCCUUUCCCCUCGAAGGUGCUGGGUCCCCUUCGGAGGUUUCUCAGGCCCAGGAGGGCACCAUGGCGCCCAAGGGCCGCCACGCUCGCGAGCAACAGGAGCGAUGGGACCAGACAGGGCUGGAGGAGGAGGACGAGGAGGAGUCAUCUGACUCCACCUCCAUUGCAACCUCAGCCACAGGGGGCGAGGGGCCGGCAGAGCCCGACGACUUGCUGGCCGUCGUCCGGUUCGUCACGCGGAGUUCGCUGGUUGCUCGUGGACGAGCCUCGCCCCUGGCGGCUGAGGUUUCCCUCCCCUGUGCCCGCUCCGGAACCAACCGGAGUUGCUUCCUCAGCCCCGGCUGGCUCUCGCCCGCUGAGUCCUCAAGCCGGUUCCAAGGGUUGCAGUGUCUGCUUCAGUUGGUCCUGAGCCAUAGGCUACCGACCGGCCCUUCUCUGGCCUCCUGGCACUUCGGCAAGGUUUCGGGUCUCUCCACGUCCCAGCCGGACCCUGAAGAGCCGGCCUCGAUGGGGUCUCGGGAGACGAAGCUACGGACUCCCCGAGCCCCUCCCCUCGCCGGCCGGCUCGAGGCCCACGCCAUGACGGCGAGGCACGUCCGCCUCACCACGGCCUACGUGGCCAAGCGACGGCACACCUCUGGCUCCUUCCUCGCCUUUUGGCUGAGGUUCGACCCUGCAGCGGUGCUUGGGAGUGCCCUGGGCAUCCCUCGGUUCUUUCCUCGCCUGUUCCGCUGA